AUGUCGACUACCCUCUUAUCUACUGUCGUGUCUCUCGUGUUCGUGACGGAUGUGCUUCCUGUCAAGGGGGCGCUGCCAUUUUUCGCCGCGCUGAUCGUCGUGUGCAUGGCGCUGAUGGGACUUUUCCUUUUCUUCACCAUGGCCAUCAUCACCAUUCAUGACAGGCAGGGGAGCCUGUCUCCAAUGGCGAAGACCUUCUUUCUCCGUUACAUGGCAAAGUGCCUACUGCUCGGAGAUCUGACAGAGAAGAAGGUUGCAAGCGACGAUGGAGAGACUGGUCCCAGCAGCAAGAAGCUGGCCUGGUCUGAGCGGACCAACCGCGUCAUCCCCGCCGAUGACAUGGCGGUGGUCGACCUUCAAAGCCCGGCUGAUGUCCGCGAGACAGCCCGUCAGCCGUCCGCGCCGCCCACGCGCCUGGAGACCGCGGUCUCACGCCUGGAGGUUGCCGUGUCCUCCGCCUCCCGUAACAUGGAGGAGCUGGCCGAGGCCAUGAAGAACGAGCAGGAGGUGUCUGACUACACCCUGCUGGCUAAGGUCCUGGACAGGCUCUGCCUUGUCAUGUACGUCAUCAGCAUUGCCGUGGCCGUGCCCAUGACCAUGUAUCUGGGCAAGUAAAUUACACUUGUGUAAACGUGCCUUAACACAACCAAAAAAAUGCGACUUGAUUGUUAUGUAUUGAUUAACAUGCAUGUGCAGUCAGGACAUGCCAUUACAAGGGCUGUAGUCCUUUGUAAACUUUAGUAAGGUAGUAACCCCACUGGUGGAACAUACAUACUAAAUUUGCAUCUUCAGUAUGAUCAAUACCAAACGAAGGUGAAUGUGUGCAAUGGAGCCUAUAGCUCCUAUGGAGCAUAUAAAGCAGACAACAUAUAUAUCUAAGUUAAGUUACGUAUCUAACCAGGAAAGACUUGUGGUGUACUAUUAGAUAGUGAGUCGCCUUAGAUCGCAUAUUUUAUCUGUAAACUCUCGGUUCAUCAAACUCUUCAAACAAAUGACCUGUCCGUGACACUUUGUAAGUAAAGGUUCCCUGUGUAAACAGACAUGAACACAUCUUGACUGUAACAAUUGCAUUUACUUUCAUCUAUUCAUACCUUCAUCUGUUAUCUAUUCAGCUCAGCGGACAUUUCUACACAACCGGAGCUGCCGAACUAAUCAGAUAGGGUUAGUCUUGAGACCAAUGGGGAACAACCGGAAAAGAGAAAUUGUCCAGCUGUUACAUGUAGACUGCUUUUUCUUGAUCUGUAAAGAAUUUUGCGUUAGGAUAACAAGUAGCUUUUGUGUGAUUAUAGUAAUUAUGACCAAGAAUGUGUGUUUACC